CUCUCAACUGGACUAGACCUGUCUCACACGAGACAACUGAGAGAAAAGUAAAUCGAUUAACGGGACGAAUAUAAACCGAUUUCCCGUUAUUGUUUAAAUUUAUGCAGGUCACACAAAGAGAGAGAAGAGCUACCCAGAAAGCACAAGAAGCAAGAGGGCCUUGCUUUUAUUAAGGAGGAGGUUGUAGGUUGCUAGCCAGUGUGCUAGCUAGACAGUGUGUGGAACUAGCCUAGCAAGCUUUUGUAAUCCACACACACGCAAGGUAAAGUGGGCCGAAGUCAUACGCUUAGACGAUCAAAACAACCCUCUUGAAGUCAGAGAAGAGACCGGCGGGGACAGAGGAGGCUGGUUCUGAGGGGUGAGGACAGAGGACCAGACUCAAUGAGUUUCCAGCGAAAUGUCAGAGAAGUCAGGGCAGAGCACCAAGGCAAAGGACGGCAAAACCAAAUAUGCAACCCUUAGCCUCUUCAACACCUACAAAGGCAAAUCCCUGGAGACCCAGAAAACUGCAGUGGCUGCCAGACAUGGGCUCCAGAGUUUGGGUAAAGUUGCAGUCAGUCGGCGCAUGCCCCCUCCAGCCAACCUGCCCAGCCUGAAGGCCGAGAACAAAGGCAACGACCCUAACGUCAGCAUUGUGCCCAAAGACGGCAGCGGCUGGGCAUCACGCCAGGACCAGCCUGGAGACGAGCGGCAGCAGGACACCCCUCCACCCCAGCCCAAACAGGCAGUUCCACAGGGUCCAGACUCUUCAGUGGGGGGCAGUCGCUCCUGGGCCAACAACAAACAGUCUGGGCAGUCAGAUGGGGCUCCACGGUUGAGCAGUCAGUUCCACCAGGAGUUUCCCAGUCUGCAGGCAGUGGGCGAGGCUGAGAAAGCAGGCGAGCAGGAGGAUGAAGCGUACGGCCCGGGCCCCAGCCUAAGACCCCAGAAUGUUGGGAGCUGGCGGGAAGGUGGGGGUCGGAAUCUGAACAUUGCCCCCAGCCCCUCAGAGAUGGACAGUAAGGCCCCCGACGAGGGCGUGACCCUCCGAGGCACCCCCUCGCCCACCGCGGACUCAGACGAGGCGGCGAAGCCCCCCCCCGGUGAGGGCAGGCCGCCCGCUCCUGCCCCCCAGCACAAACUGAACGGCGGGCAGCAGAACCCUGCUGGGAUUCCUCCCCAGUUCCACUCCCAGUUUAAGGGCAUCAUGCCACCCUAUAUGUUCCAUGGGUAUCCUCGGAUGUCGUUUACUCCCGUACAGGGAAACUUCAGGUACCCAGUGCAGCAAGAUGGUGCAAAGACUUCACGGUCAGCAGGAAGACCCUCUCAGGGCCCCCCCCAGUCCUGGCUCCAGGACCCUGACAGGCCGUCUAUCAUCAGUGCCACCGAGCUGAAGGAACUGGACAAUCUGGACACGGAGGCAGACGAGGGCUGGGCAGGAGCCCAGAUGGAGGUGGACUAUACGGAGAAACUAAACUUCAGUGAUGAUGAGGAAAACCAAGCUGCUAAGGAAAAAGGAGACAACUGGGAGUGGAUGGCUAAGGUGGAGCACAUGCGAUCUCGAAACACUGAUGCCCAGGAGGGCUGGAAAGACGGGACGGAGGAUCGAAGCGACCGCAAGGGAUCAUGGGUCGACAGCGGAGACCCCAGAGACCCGGCCUCCACCAGUACAGCCCAGUACACCAAAACUGGACAAGACUAUCCGGGUCAGACAUCAGGGCGAUCGGUGGGAAGUGGAACCUCUCGUGUGGCUAAGCCACCCCCCACAGCUCCCCCUGCAGGUGAGGAGGACUCUGAGGCAUGGAGGCAGAAACGGAAGAAGCAGUCGGAGCUGUCGGAAGCGGUGGAGCGUGCUCGUAGGCGGCGGGAGGAGGAGGAGAGGCGGAUGGAGGAGCAGAGACUCGCUGCUUGUGCUGAGAAACUGAAACGUCUCAAUGAGAAAACGCGCCCUGCCAUUACCACGGAAACCUCCAAGUCAGUAACCACCGCCCAUGGAGAGCACACUGAAGGUACAGACAGCCUGUCGGCCCUGCCUGCCGAAACUCCGCAUCCUCAGCCGGCCGCCCCGGUACAACAACCCCUCCCACCCAUGUCUGUGGUGACCCACGAUAGGCCAGAGCCCAGCGUGGAGGAGGAGCCAAGGUUUUUACCUCGACAGCCUAGUCCCCCUACUGUGCACAGGACUGUUCCAGAAACACAGGGCGGAGAGGGGGAGGGCACAGUGACAGAGGAAGUACAAGGUCAGAUGGAGCGGCAACCAAUCAGAGACUACUUCAGCCCAGAGGAGUGUCGGGCAGAGGAGCCCCAGCUUGCUCUCUCCAGGCUGGAUCCAUCCGGCGGCGAUGACACGGCAGUGCCUCAGCUGGACACGGAGGGAGAGACUGGAGCUACCCUUCGCCCAGCGAUUUCGUCUGGGUACUCUAAACAGUUCCAGAAAUCACUACCCCCACGGUUCCUCAGACAGCAGGAGCAGUUAAAGCAGCAGCAGUGGCAGCAGCAGCAGCAGCAGCAGCAGAGUGGUGGUGGCCCAGUGUCUCCAUCAGGGGGCAGUGUUCCCCCGCAGCACCGCUCCCUGUACCAGCCCCUUGGCCCUCAUCAUCAGCACUUGGCCUCUAUGGGCUUUGACCCGCGCUGGCUGAUGAUGCAGUCAUACAUGGAUCCACGUGUCAUGUCAGCAUGUCCUCCCAUGGAUAUGUCAGCCAUGCACCCAGGAAGGAUGCCGGCGAAGCAGUUGGUUCGCAGAGAGGCCACAGACAACAGCAGCUCUGGUUCGGACUCGUUUGAUCACCUGACCCGACCGGGACGAGACCACGGGAUUCCGGGUGAACCUCGCAUGGUCUGGGGGUCCGAGCCGUACCCCCAGACAGAACCCUUGCCGGCUGCCACUCCCCCUAAAGGACAGGACGAAGGAAAAGAACCGAGACUGGACGGGGGUGUGGAGUUGGACCGUGGGCUUUCUGCUGUUUAUUCUCAAGAGCACAGCUCCCUGGAGCCAAGGAGCAAGAGUGACUUUUUCAGGGACUCAUCUGAGCCUCUGUCUGCCUUCAGCCACAUACCAGAGGAGAUGCCAGGUCUUCUCCAGACAGACCGGUCCACCUUUGAGCCAGAGGAAGCGAAUUUGUCUGGGGGGGAGCAGGUGGAGCCACUGGGCCAGGCUGUGCUGAAGAGGAGCAUAUCUCAAGGAUCCAGUCACUCUCUCAAACUGGAAGAGCCCAGGUUUGAGGGGGUUACCAUAGCAACAAAGACACUAGAUCUUCCCGAUGCUGGAGAACGGCCGGACGACAAAUCUCGGAAGGAGCCCUUCGGUCAGGGGUCGGGGGUCAACAGCAGGGCCACGCCACCCGCUGCCCCCGACAGCUUACACAAAUCCGAGAAGCUGCCCCUCUCCGCGCCCAGCAAACAGAAACAGGACGUGCGCUGGGCUUCGCGAGGCUCCGGCUCCAACAGGAGAGAGGGGUCCGGCGGGGACAGGCCAGUUCGACGAUCUGGGCCCAUUAAGAAACCAGUGCUGCGCGAUAUGAAGGAAGAAAGGGAGCAGAGAAGAGAAAGAGAGGAGCGAGGGGAGCGAGGGGAACGUUCCAAAAAAGAGGGGGCCUCCGCCAGGGUCCCUCUGUCUGCUGCAGCCGCCGUGUCCGACGGGCAGAAAGCCUCCGGGGAGGGGAAGAGGGAGGCGAUGCUGGAGCCGGAGGAAGGAGCUGCUAAACUGGGAGAGGCGUCGGCGACGCUCGGCAAGGCGACCGAAGUCUCCCAGGACGAGAAACCCGCCAAACCUUCGGCCAGCGAGAAACGUUCUGAACCCACUCUGCCGUCUCGCAAAGAGUCCAACUUGCCCCAACGGGCCUACCGGCGAGAGGAGAGAGAGCGGGACAGGGAGGCGGAGAGAGAGAAGGACUGGCCCGCCGAUACCGGCACCAGAGGCCGGGGCCGAGGGGAGUACUACUCCCGCGGUCGGAGUUACAGGGGCAGCUACAGCGGGAGAGGGCGGGGCAGCCGCGGUCGCAGCCGCGGGGAGUAUCCGUAUCGGGAGUUGCGGUCGCGGUCGGACUUGCCUCUGAGCAGCGCCGGGGCGUCUGGGUACCGGUGCAGGGAGGAGAGCGAGACACGCAGCGAGAGCUCAGACUUUGAGGUGCUGCCUAAACGCCGGCGUAGACGGGGCUCUGACACAGACUCGGAGAGUGAGGGGCGUGAGUCAGCCAGCGACACCGGAGCAUCUGACAGGGAGCCCAGUAUCAAACCCAGCAGACCUCUGGCCCGCGAGCCACAUGAGUCACGGUCCGGACCCAAACCCGGCUCCGCGUUUGGCGCCGCGCAUCCGCCUGACAAAACUGGGUCUCGAGAGGAGGAGACGCGGCCAAAACCGGGCUUUCUGCCAAAGGGUGAGCCCACGCGGCGGGGGAGGGGGGGUCUGUAUGGGCGGAGAGGAGGAGGCAGGGAGCGGGGCGGAUCUAGAUCUGUCCCUUUCCGACGGGCUGGCGUCAGGGAAAACUCCCAGUGGCCCUCCAAGCCCAUGGAAACCUUCCGGCCGGAAGACGCCGAGACGUCCCGUUUUGACAACCCCCCCCCUGAACGGCGUCUGCCCAAAUACGAGGCCAAGAAGUUUGGGGAGGGACCACAGAGCACCCGGGAGAGGCCCCGGAGACCCCGGCCUGCGCGGCCCCCCCGGCAGGACAAACCCCCGCGCUUCCGGAGGCUAAAGGAGCGAGAAGCGGCUGUGAUCGCCAGCGAAGCCGCGCCCAGCACGCCAGCACCCGUAUCGGUAUCACCGACGCUCUCCAAAGCUCCUGGCACGCUGGUCACGGCGCCCGAGGGCACCGCCACCGUUACCUCAGCCCCCGCAGCUGCUGCCGUCAGCCCUCCGGAACCUCCCGUCACGGAGGCGGCAUCUGACGUGGGAGCCACCACUGUGGUUGCUGCUGGCAGCAAAUCACCAGACUUAUCCAAUCAGAACUCCUCUGACCAGGCCAAUGAAGAGUGGGAAACGGCCUCAGAGAGCAGCGAUUUUAACGAACGCAGAGAACGUGAAGAGAGGAAGGGAGCGCAAGAGGAAUCCGUCAUGACGGCUGCACCUCCUUCUGCCACGCCCAUCCAGAAUACAGGGGCGCAGAGUAAAACCCCAACAGAGGGAGGACUGACCCCAAAACGUGAAGCCCCUACGGCGAAGAGGAGCUUCUCCAGUCAGAGGCCUAUUGACAGACAGAACCGUCGUGGUAACAGCGGGCCCAAGUCAGGGCGGAGUUACGGAGCAGGGAAGAGUGAACGCAGGGGAGGAUCAGGAGUUAAAGCUGGUCGCAGAGGGCCCGUGACUCAGUCUGCAGACGCCCCCCAGGCCGGGUCAGCCCCCAGGGCCGGCGCUAAAGACACAGGGAGCAGGCGGAAGGAGGAGACCAGACAGGCCGUGAAGAAGCCCAAAGAGAAGGAGAACGCUCUGUCUCAGUUUGAUCUGAAUAACUACGCCAGCGUGGUCAUCAUCGACGAUCACCCCGAGGUCACGACGCUCGAGGACCCUCAGUCCAGCGCUAAUGACGACGGCUUCACCGAGGUGGUUUCACGAAAGCAGCAGAAACGCCUGCAGGAUGAGGAGAGGAGAAAGAAGGAGGAACAGACGGUACAGAACUGGAGUAAAAAGGGUUCGGGGGAGAAGGGCAGAGGAGGAGGAGGCUCCAAAUUGCCUCCUCGAUUUGCCAAGAAGCAGCAGCAGCAGGCGGCGUCUCUCCCGCCGCAGACAGCGUCUCAGCCGACACAGACGAGCGCCUCUCAGCCCACGCAGCCCCCACAGCUGGCCAUGGCCGUCUCCCAGCACGGCCUCGCCGCCCCCGCUCACAGCACCAGCUCCGCACAGCCACUGGAGGGCGCCGUUCCCCUGCCCUCCAGCACCGUGGAUUUCCCCACCAAGACCCCGACGCACAGCACCCUGGGCACAGAGCUGUGGGAGAACAAGGCCACUGGCUCCGCCAGCCUUCCCGACGUCAAGAAACUCGGACCCAUCAGCCCUCCACAGCCUCCGUCAGUCAGUGCCUGGAAUAAACCGCUCACGUCUUUCACUGGCGCAGUUACGUCUGAGGGGGUGAAGGGUGGCUCAGAGGCUGGCAUGGAGCUUGGCAUAGACAGUAUUCAGUUUGGUGCCCCGUCCUCAGCGGGCAGCACAGACAGUGAUGGAGUGCCUGUUCUACUGGAGAAAGGUUCUGAGAACAAACUGCCUGAGCCCAAAGAACAGAGACAGAAACAGCACCGUGCCGGACCCAUCAAACCUCAGAAGCUUGCAGACAUGGUUCCUCCAGAGCCGAAGGAGUACAAACCAGGCCCCAUCGGGAAAGAGCGUUCACUGAAGAACCGCAAGGCCACAGACGGGCGGCAGUCCGACAGCGAAGGCCUAGAGAAGGGGGGGCCCGGAGGAGGAAGGGACAGAGACUCCAGUUCUCCCAGUAAAGACGGCAAAGUUCCCGAACUGGGCGGAGACAUUGAGGGCAUGAUCACCGUCCCCUCAGCUGAAUAUACCAACAGUUCUAAAGAGUCUGUGACUGACUACACAACACCGUCCUCUUCACUGGCCGACACUGUUCCCACAGCAGGCAACAAAAUGGAGGACAGCAUAGUUGCCAAUGUGGCCUUGCCCCAUGCGUUGCCUCUGCCGCGUAGGGAGGCUCUGCAGCAGGGCUCCAGUUUGGCCACAGUAUCUCCUGCCACGGUCGACCUCACGCUCAAGAUGGAAUCGGCACGCAAGGCGUGGGAGAACUCACCCAGUCUGGGCGAGAAGAGUUCUCCGGUCACCUCCUCUGCUUCUCCCAUCACCAGUGGUGGAGGCGCAGGGAACACCUCCUUCAGUUCAUUCUCCAGUGCCUCCAUGCCUCAGAUUCCAGUAGCUUCUGUCACACCCAGUACCUCCCUGUCAGGGGCAGGGACCUACACCACCUCAUCUCUAACCACUAAGACCACGUGUGCGUCGGAUCCUCCCAACAUCUGUAAGGUCAAACCACAGCAGCUGCAGGGCUCCGCCAUGUCCAGCGCCAGCUUCUCUCAGCUGGGCUGUGUCCCCUCCCUGUUACCACAGCAACAGCAGCAAAGCCCACAGGUGUUCGUCUCCCAGUCUGCAGCAGGUUCUGCAGCUCAGAUCCCAGCAUUCUACAUGGAUACCAGUCACCUGUUCAGCACACCACACCCCCGUUUGGCCCCGCCCUCCUUGGCUCCACCCUCCUUGGCUCAGCAACAGGGCUUUCAGCCUGGCCUCUCCCAGCCAACAGCAGUCCAGCAGAUCCCAAUUCCCAUCUACGCCCCUCUGCAGGGACAGCCUCAGCACCAGGCCCAGCUGGGCCUCAGCACCGGCCCACCUGUGUCCCAGCCCCAGGACCUGUUCAGCUCCUCCAUGCAGCCGUACAGGUCCCAGCAGGCGUACAUGCAGAACAGCCUGUCUCAGCCCUCUCCCAUGAUGCUGUCGGGCACGGCCUUGCACAGCUACCCCGGGGUGCAGCCCCCCGACCUGGGCAAACCUCAGUCCAGCCUGGCCUUCCAGCAGACCUCCAGCACCCAGCACAUCCCCAUUCUGUUUGAGCCCCAGUUAAACCAGCCAUCAGGACUGGGUGCAUCGCAGCUCAUAGACACACACUUACUACAGGCUCGUCAGGGCAUGAAUCAACAUUCAAAUCUGUACUCAGGACAAGUACAACAGCACACACAAAACAGCUACUACAGCUCCACACAGAGUCCCAGCUCUGCCCUGCAACAGGUGACUGUCCCUCUGCCUGGGUCCCAGCUGUCCCUGCCCAAUUUCGGCUCUGGAGGGGGGCAGCCGCUCCUGGCUUUGCCCCAGUCACUUCCCCCGACACCCCCACAGGCUCAGCCCCCCAGCCUGGGCCGACAGCCCCCUGGCAACCAGCCCUACCGCAGCCUGAUUGGCCAGAACACACACAACAUCAUACAGCCCUCCAGCAAGAUGUGUGAGAUAGACCUGAAGCUGUUUGGCAGUGGUAUGGAUGUCAAACCUGCCACUCCUCCAGUCAGUGCCAGGAGCACCACACCCACCUCCAGCCCUUACAGAGCCAGUUCCACCAGCCCCAGCGGGCAGAGCAGUAAACUCAACAGUAUGCUCUAUCCCAAACAAUUCCAGUCCGGAUCCAGCGGCAUGCGUAUCGCCCAGCACUUCCCCGGACAGUUCAACCCACAGAUGUUGUCACAGCCCAAUAUCGUGUCCCCGCUGGUACGCGCCCAACACACCAACUCCUUUCCUGCCGGUGUGCAGCGCACUCCAAUGGGCCCCCCCAUGUCCCCCUCCCUGAGCGGAGGUCUCAUGCCCCACCCGCGACCCCAGCACCCGCCCCGCGGCCCUCCGGGAGCCCCCAUCCCUCCCCGGGGCACGCAGGCCGCUUUAAAGGCGGAGCAGGACCUGAAGGCGAAGCAGCGUGCAGAAGUGUUGCAGUCCACCCAUAAGUUCUUUUCUGAGCAGCAGCAGCAGCAGCUGAAGGUUCCGGCGAGCAAAGCCACACGCAUGGAAGGCGCCGGAAAGUCUAUCGAUAGCAUCGCCCCUAACCACCAGGGGGCGUCCUCUGACCGCGCAGAGUCCGAGAAACCCGCUCCUCUAGCCGGAACCAAGCCCAUUCGGACCGGACCCAUCAAACCCCAGGCAAUCAAACCGGAGGAGGGCAAGUAAGACAGCGUGCGCCUCCCCCGCCUGACUCUCCACACCCUGACAGACGAACGAAGCGACAGACGGCAGAGGCGGAGGAGAGGAGAGACAGUGUGAUCCGCGGCUCUGGGGUUAGGUCAGAACAAAGGGGGGGGAGAGUUUCAGUAGUGUGGUAUGCACUCUCCCUCCUCCUGUACUCAGCUCCUUCUCUCCUCUCCUCUCCUCUCCUCCAUGGAGGAGCGCAGGCCUUACACCGGGGGGCUGCUGUGUCUCCGCCCUCGCUGGAGGCCACAUCUGGAGUGAAGGAGAGGAUCGUACAGGAGACUGAUGCUGAGUGCUCUCUUUUAUAGCAAUAUGAUUUAGGCCUGGGUUCUUUCUCUCUCCUCCAGUAGAAUCCUAUGUAUCAGGAGGGCAGAUGUUUCCUUUACUCGUUUGAAGAAUCUUUUUCUUUUCCUGUUUCUGAUUUCUGUAGUUGAAGAAACAAAUCUUAUUUGAAUCUUAUUCAGAAUGUCUUUUCAGACAAACAAAAGUUUGAGGUUUCGUCCUUGGCUCUUGUUGUUACUUGAACGUGAAGUUUAAGUCACAGAGAAA